AUGAAUGAUCCAUUAGACAACUUAUUAUAUCCAAUAUAUUCUGAAGCUACAAACAAUGACCUAAUAAAAAUGGGAGUGAUUGAUCUAGAUUUAUCAACAUAUCAUGAAUCAAAAUUUGAUUCAUUUUUAAAUAAAUAUCAGCAUGAUAUUGAUGUUCUUAUUUCUACAGAUGAAAUUGAUAGCAGAAUCUUGGAAAGAAUCAGCACUAUUUCCAAAUUAAAGUCAUUUAAUGAAAUUGAUAAUAUCUUUGGCAAAAACCUAGUAGAUUCUACAUUAUUGGCAUUAAGAGCAUUUUGUGAAAAGUUUGAAGGACAUUUAAAUCAACAAUUAUAUUUCAAAUUAAUGAAUGACUUGUUUUAUGAUUAUGAAAUUUAUGCUGUUAGUUGUCAAAGUGAGCUAAGAGCCAACAAAAAACGAAAAAAUGAUUUUAAGCCUUUAAAUUCUGAAGUCUUAAAAGCAUUAAGACUAGACAUAAAAAUAAACUAG